CUCCAGUACAACAUGGCCGCGCCCAGACCGGCCGGCAAUGUUUUCAGGUUCCGAGACGUUCGGGCCGUGCCGGAUCCCGUCUGUGAGCCUGCGCUGGAUGGACCGGCCGUGUUGGUGCUGGAUAAUGGCUCCUUCCAGCUCCGGGCGGGCUGGGCCGGGGUGGGUCCGCAGAUGCAACUGCGCUCGGUGGUGGCCAGGAGCCGGGGAGGGCACCGCAGUCUGAGCCGGGUGGGCAAUGACAUUCCGAGCCUGGAGCCGCUACGCUGGCUUCUCCGGACGCCUUUUGACAGGAACCUGCCGGUGAACCUCGAGCUACAGGAGCUGCUGUGUGACCACGUGUUCCAGAGGCUGGGGGUGACGUCAGAGAGCUGUGUUGACCAUCCCAUUGUGUUUACGGAGACGCCAUGCACCCCACUUCAUGUCCGGCAGAUGGUGUCUGAGCUUCUCUUUGAAUGCUACCAUGUUCCCAAAGUGUCUUUUGGCAUUGAUGGCUUGUACAGCUUCUACCGCAACAAAAAUACGUUUCCCACCUCUGGAAUCAUUGUGUCUUCUGGCUACCAUUGUACCCAUAUACUUCCUUUGUUGAAUGGCAGACUGGAUGGCAAGAACUGCAAACGGAUAAAUAUUGGAGGAUUCCAGGCUGUGACCUAUCUCCACCGCCUGAUGCAAUUGAAGUAUCCUGGACAUCUCUCUGCUAUCACUCUCAGUCGAAUGGAGGAAAUCCUUCAUGAGCACUGCUACGUUCCAGAUGACUAUAUAGAAGAGCUGAAGAAAUGGCGUUGUCCAGAUUACUAUGAACAGAAUGUGCACAAGAUGCAGCUGCCCUUCUCCUCCAAGCUUCUAAGCACUGCGGUCCCAUCAGAGGAGAAGCAGGAGCGCAGGCAGCAGCAGCUUAAACGCCUGCAAGAGCUCAAUGCACGACGGCGAGAGGAGAAACUUCAGCAGGAUCAGGAACGUUUGGAGAGAUUGCUCUAUGUGCAGGAGCUUCUGGAAGAUGGACAAGUGGACCAAUUCCACAAAGCUCUGGUGGAACUGAAUAUGGACUCUGCAGAGGAGCUGCAAUCAUACAUUCACAAAUUAAAUGCAGCUGUUGAGCAAGGCAGACAGAGGAUCCUGGGGGAGACCAUAGACGGCAAACCACAGACACCAGAGCUGCUGGGAGGAGAGCAAGAAGAUAUGGAAGGGAUUUUGGAAUCGGACCCUCUUUAUUCAGAGGAUCAGGUGGAAACCGAGAAAACAACAUCCAGUGUUCAGGCCAUGUUUAAUAUAGCAGAGUACCACCAGAUGUACCUGGGCACAGAAAGGAUUCGUGUGCCAGAGGUGCUAUUUCAGCCCUCGCUAAUUGGGGAAGACCAGGCUGGGCUGGCAGAGACAAUGCAGUAUAUGCUAGACCGGUAA